AUGGACCAGGACCAUGUGCUAGUUGGUCCCGGGGGAUCCCAGGCACUUGCAUCAUCAGUUUCAUCGAUGGUGCAGCCUGUUAACGCUAGGCGGCGGCACCGGCCCGCCAGCACCACCGACACCACAUCGACCGACGGUACUGGUACCUCGGGGCCACAGCCAGUCUUUCGUCACGCGAAAUGUGUAUGCGCGACGACGACUUUCGUCACGCAAAUAGUAAUUGCACGACGAAGGACUUUUCGUCGCGACAAUGUCUGGGACACGAAUCUUGCGCGACGAAACUGUCCGUCGCGUAGUCUUGGUGUGACGAAUACCCUUUCGUCGCGCAAAACGUUUGUGCGUCGGACAUUUGUGUCGUCCGGAAACGUUUUCUGUAACGAAGGUGCUACGUCGCACUUUUUUGCGCGACCAAGGAAAUAA